AUAAAAUUUCAGACGGUGGACAGCAAAGUCCUGAUUGUAUCCUGCACUAUAAACAAUCUCCCUCCAUUGGAAACGUAUUCAAACCAGACUGGGGACGAGAGCCAAAAGGAGUAAUUUAACUUCUGGAUGUUUCUAUUCACCUCUCUCCACAUUUCAUCCUCUCUCUCGCGGAUCUAGUCGGAUCCAGUCUGAGUGAAGCGGACUUCUUGGUGCGAGAUAAUCGGCAGAUGAUGUAAGUUAAUGAGGCGGAGAUGCGGGGGCACAAACUCAGACGCGCUCCGCUCCAGCGAGGACAGGUGAGCAACAAGUGAGUGAGAGGAGGACGAGACGGAGGAGUAGACAGAAUAAAGGAAGUAACAGGAGGGAGAGGUGGAAAGUCACCGGAGAAGGAAGGAGAUAAAGCAGAAACACGUCCCUGGUUCUCGCUAUGGACUCUGGGCAGAGCGCGCAGGCGGCCGACAUGGGAGGGGAGCACUCCGCCGGUGUGUGCGUCUUGGAGCGGGACAGGGACCGGGAGAGGGGCGAGGUGUCCAGCCCUUGCCCGCCAGCCAAACAGCGCUCUCUGCGGGUGGUGUACGUCCUGAACGACGGGCUGAAGUCGGUGAUGGCCAGCAGCCCGGAGUCCGGAGCGCUGCAGUGCCUGCAGAGAGCCUGCGACGCGGAGAGCGCACUGCUCACAACCGUUACCUUCGGGAGGCUGGACUUUGGAGAAACAUCGGUGCUGGACAGUUUCUACGAUGCAGACAUCGCGGUGGUAGACAUGAGCGAUGUGUUCCGACAGCCCUCCUUGUUUUACCCAUCUGGCGUAACGGGAAACUUUGACAUGGCUAACAACGUCAUCCUGUACCACGACACUGACCCUGACACUGCCCAGUCACUGAAGGACAUGGUGGCACAGAAAAACACAGCAUCCAGUGGUAACUACUACUUCAUCCCUUACAUAGUGACUCCUAACCAUGAGUAUAUGUGCUGUGAGAGUGACGCCCAGCGCAGGGCCAGUGAGUACAUGCAGCCCAGCUGGGACAACCUGCUGGGGCCGCUCUGCGUUCCUCUAACUGACCGCUUCACCAGCCUACUGAAGGACAUCCACGUCACAUCCAGUGCUUCCUUUAAGGACACCCUGCUAAAUGACAUCAGGAAGGCCCGGGAGAAGUACCAGGGAGAGGAGCUGGCCAAGGAGCUCUCCCGAAUCAAACUCAGAAUCGACAACACAGAGGUCCUCACCCAGGACAUCGUCAUGAACCUGCUGUUUUCUUACAGAGACAUACAGGACUAUGAUGCCAUGGUGAAGCUGGUGCAGACUCUGGAGAUGCUGCCGACAUGUGAUCUGGCCACUCAGCCCAUGAUCCAGUUCCACUACGCCUUCGCCCUCAACAGAAGGAACAGUCCUGGUGACAGGGAGCAGGCUCUCAGAGUGAUGCUGCAGGUGUUGCAGUCAUGUGAACAUCCAGCGCCGGACAUGUUCUGCCUCUGUGGACGGAUAUACAAGGACAUCUUCCUGGAUUCAGACUGUAAAGACACCAAAAACAGGGACAACGCAAUCCAGUGGUACAGAAAGGGUUUUGAGCUGCAGCCAACUCUCUACUCCGGUAUCAACCUGGCUGUCCUCCUCAUAGUUGCUGGCCUGCAGUUCGAGAGCUCCAUUGAACUGAGGAAAAUAGGUGUGAGGCUGAACAGUCUGCUGGGUCGCAAAGGUUCCCUGGAGAAAAUGAAUAACUACUGGGACGUGGGCCAGUUCUUCACCGUUAGCAUGCUAGCUAGCGACAUCCCUAAAGCUACCCAGGCUGCCGAAAAACUCUUCAAACUCAAGCCGCCUCUCUGGUAUUUGCGGUCUGUGGUGCAGAACCUGCAGCUGAUCCAGAGGUUUAAGAAGCAGACGAUAGAGCACUCUCCUCAGCGGGAGAGACUCAACUUCUGGAUGGACAUCAUUGUAGAGGCCACGCAGGGCACCACCAAUCGACUGCGGUUUCCAGUGUUGAUUCUGGAGCCAACUAAGGUUUACCAGCCCUCCUAUGUGUCCAUUAACAACGAGGCUGAAGAGAAGAAUGUCUCUAUCUGGCAUGUUUCUCCUACCGAAACGAAAGGGAUCCAUGAGUGGAACUUCACUGCAAUGUCCAUCAAAGGCAUUAGUAUCAGUAAGUUCGAUGAGCGCUGCUGCUUCCUCUACGUCCACGAUAACUCAGACGACUUCCAGAUCUACUUCUCCACUGAGGAACAGUGCGGUCGGUUCUGCUCCAUGGUGAAAGAGAUGAUAUCUGAUGGGACGGGAAAUGCUGUGGAGCUGGAGGGGGAAGGAGACGGAGAUACACUGGAGUAUGAGUAUGACACCAAUGAGACAGGGGACAGGGUGGUGUUGGGACGGGGCACCUAUGGAGUGGUGUAUGCUGGGAGAGACCUCAGCAACCAGGUCCGAAUUGCCAUAAAAGAGAUCCCUGAGAGAGACAGCAGGUACUCCCAGCCCCUUCAUGAAGAGAUUGCCCUUCACAAGUACCUGAAGCACAGGAACAUUGUUCAGUAUUUGGGGUCGGUUUCUGAGAACGGAUACAUCAAGAUCUUCAUGGAACAAGUGCCUGGAGGAAGCCUGUCUGCGUUGCUGCGAUCGAAAUGGGGCCCGCUGAAGGAGGCAACUAUAAUAUUCUACACCAGACAGAUCCUGGAGGGGCUCCGAUACUUGCACGAAAACCAGAUUGUCCACAGAGAUAUCAAGGGUGACAAUGUGUUGGUGAAUACCUACAGUGGUGUCUUGAAGAUCUCAGACUUUGGUACCUCUAAGCGCUUGGCAGGAGUCAACCCCUGUACGGAGACAUUCACCGGUACUCUGCAAUACAUGGCUCCAGAAAUCAUUGAUAAGGGCCCUCGAGGGUACGGGGCCCCGGCUGACAUUUGGUCCCUGGGAUGCACCAUUAUAGAAAUGGCAACUGGGAAACCCCCAUUUCAUGAGCUGGGAGAACCACAGGCAGCUAUGUUUAAGGUGGGAAUGUUUAAGAUCCACCCGGAGAUCCCUGAGUCCUUGUCACUGGAGGCCAAGUCGUUCAUCUUGCGCUGCUUUGAGCCGGACCCUAACAAGAGAGCCAUCGCCUCGGACCUCCUCAGAGACACUUUUGUCAGACACAACGCCAAGGGCAAGAAGAGCAAGAUCGCCUUCAAACCACCAGACUACAUCCACAACGUGUCCCUGCCAGUGCAGUUGCAGUGCGAGGCCACUGGGAGCAGCAGCAGUGAACACGGUUCCGUGAGCCCUGACUGCGACUCCAAACACGACGUUUUCUUCCAGAAGAAGAAAAGUUCUGGCUCUGAGAACAUGCUCAAACCCGCCAACUCAAACUAUUUGAGUGUUCCGGAUGAGGGUUCGGUUUCGGAGGACCGCAGUGCCCCCCCCUCCCCUGAGGACAGGGACGGUGGUCUGUUCCUAUUGAAGAAGGACAGUGAGAGACGGGCCAUUCUGUUCAAGGUCCUCAAUGACGACCAGGCAAAGGUCAUCUCUAACCUCAAGGAGAACCACAUCCAGGGCAGUGAAGAGCUCCAGCUGUCCGUCGAUCACAUUAAGCAGAUCAUCUGCAUCCUGCGAGACUUCAUCCAUUCCCCAGAGAGGCGCGUCAUGGCGGCCACCAUCUCCAAGCUCAAGCUGGACCUGGACUUCGACUCCACCUCCAUCAACCAGAUACAGCUCGUGCUCUUUGGCUUCCAGGACUCGGUAAACAAAGUCCUGAGGAAUCAUCACAUUAAACCCCACUGGAUGUUUGCUAUGGAUAACAUCAUCCGCAGGGCUGUGCAGGCUGCCAUCACCAUCCUCAUACCAGAGCUGCAGACCCACUUUGGCCCGGCAUCAGAGUGUGAGGGAGCAGAGAAGGAAGAUGAAGUGGAUGAAGAGGAGGCGGAGUUUGGUCCUGUUUUACCUGCACCUGCUGACGACCCCGGGACGACAGCUGACCCCGCACAACCUGUGGUCAUCCCGCUAAACUCCACCCACUCACAGGAGCAUCAACGCUCGCAUCAUCAGCUGGGUGCACAGCUGGGCCGGCUCAAACAGGAGACCAACAGGCUGCUGGAAGAGCUGCUGCAAAAGGAGAAGGAGUACCAGCAGGUCCUGAAGGCCACACUGCAGCAGAGAACACACGACCUGGAGCUGGUCAAAGUCAGACACAGACCACCGGACAUUUCACCUCCCUCCAUCUUCCAAAUCCCAGCCGACCACGAGCCAGACAAGCAGCUCACUGAUUGGCUGAAAGAGCAGGGGGCCGACGCUGACACCAUAGAUAAGUUCGUGCUGGAGGAAUACACACUGACUGACAUUCUCAAUGACGUAACCAAAGACGACCUCCGCUGUCUACGUCUACGGGGUGGAGUCCUCUGCCGUAUCUGGCGGGCCAUCCAGCGGCACCGGGAGCGCGACAGGGUGAGGAGCGAAGAACGCUCGGAAGAUGAAGCAUGAUGGGAGACAUGGACUACAACUCUGGAGGACUCUUGUUUUGCAGAAACACGCACACAUCUGCACACUACCAGCCCUGCAUGGUUACUCUACUUUCUCUCCCUUCUCAGUGCCUUUUUCAUGUUGUAGUCUCUGCGUUUUAUAUACAGGACUGACUGAAUCUCCACACAGUGACCAGACCAAAGCGCUUUAGUGCAGGCACUACUGUAUGUAUCUGUAUGUGCAUUUAAAUGUGUAUGUGUGCCACAAUGCGUUUGUGCUUGAGAAUUUUAAAAGGAAAAUUCAUCCUAGUACAGUUUCAAGUGAUACUCCACACAGAAUCUAACUGUAGACUUGAUGCAGGUUGUCUCAGUAAAAAGUAUCAAAAUGUCCUUAAAACUUUUCAAAAUGUCCUGUAGCAUAAUAUGUUUGGUGGUGUUGAUUUAAAUAAAUUUACAGUCAUAAUUUUGCUAAAAUAGGGUCGCAUUGCUUCCAUCUUAAGGCCUUUACACACCGGGGACCUGACCAAUAAACAGUAGUGAUUUGUUUUUCAAGGGAAAAUUUAUGUUUUUGUGGGCUUUGAAGAAAGCAUCUGGAUAUAAUGGCUUCAGUUCCCCAUCAUUAAAUCCCAUGGUGCAGUCUCUGUGGAAAAAUUGUUGGCCACACUGUCAUAUAAUGUUUGUCCUUGUUAGUCGUAUAAUAUUGGUUGAUAAUGAACACCAACCAUCCGGUCCGCCAUUAGAUGUGACGUGACCUCUGUUCCGCACAAUUUCAUUAGUUGAGUAGUUUCGUACUGAAAAACUAUCAUUGCGUUCUGUGUGAAAGUGACUCAUGACGACAGUUGCAAAAAAAUAGAUUGUGUGCAAAAAUAAUCGCACAAAACAAACGACCCUGGGAUUCAAAGGCCUUUAUUCCUCACGCAUGACUCUGUUGAAUCUUCUUGUUCUUCCGUUGGUUAGAACUGCCCCAUCCUUCCUCACACUGAGCAUACAGAUGGAGAGCUGAAGGUCGAUUAUGCUGUAGGAGUGAUUUGACACGUUUCUGUAGACAAUUUGAUAUUGAAUCCAAGCACAGUCCUUGCAAUGAAAUGUAUCAUCAGCCAUAGAAAUUGUACACACUUUUAUUCAGCCAAAGCACGCGAAACCACUUCUAUGGUCUUGAAGACCUUGAGGCUGAUCUAUCAGUCUGUCAGUCUUCUGUGUUUGGGUCUGCCCCCUUGUUUUUCAGAAAAAUUGUAAACUCAAGGCCUCAAACAGUUCUAGUUUCAGGUUGAAUAUAUUAACAUUUACUGGAUAAUUAUUCCAAAACUGUGCGAUGAUGAUCUUCCAUAUAUGACUAGAGAUCUCUGUUAUAAGUCUUGUUAAAUACAAACUUCAGCUAAAAGCCUAAUAAUGCCUUAAAUUUUGUAAACAUUAUUAAACUACAUUAAGAUGAUUUAUUGAAACACACACAUUGUGACUGCCACUACAUCACUGCCUUUACAUUUGUACGCAUGUUAUUAGUGGCGUAAGAUUUCCUUUAUUCUUAAUGAAGUAACUGUUCUCAUCUGUGUGUAUCUGUGUUGAAAUGUUUUUUUUUUAUUAUUCCAACUGUUCACUGUGUAUGUGCUUAUCUGUUUCAUGAUUGCUUUACAACUGCAAUAAACCUGGAAUUAAGGAAGUUGA